AUGCAAUCAGAGUGGAAGCAGCCCAACGGCAAUGGUCAGAUGCAGAUCAAUCCGCUGCAGAAUACGUCGUACCUGGCGCUGCAGCAGUCACUGCGCUCGCAGCGCCUCCUCUCCACCUUCUCGCAGAUGGCCGACCUGAGCAAGGCCCGCAGCGCCGCCGCCGCCGCCGCUGCCGGUAAGUUUGACUUCGCGCGACUGGCCGAGUCGGCGACAGAGGCGACGCCGACCGGGCGGCGGCCGCCGCUGCUGCCCGCCUUCCCGGCGCUGGAGCAGUACCAGCCGCUGCUGCUGCCCGCCCUCUUCCCCGGCCUGGGCCUUCCCUUCACGCGGCGGCCGGCACCAAGUCGCGGCCGCGCCGCCCGACCGAAGAAACAGUUCAUCUGCAAGUACUGCCAGCGCCACUUCACCAAGAGCUACAACCUGCUGAUCCACGAGCGCACGCAUACGGACGAGCGGCCGUUCUCGUGCGACAUCUGCGGCAAGGCCUUUCGCCGACAGGACCACCUCAGGGACCACAGGUACAUCCACUCGAAGGAGAAGCCGUUCACUUGCGGUGUGUGCGGCAAGGGCUUCUGCCAGUCGCGCACGCUGGCCGUACACAAGAUCCUGCACAUGGAGGAGUCGCCGCACCGCUGUCCCACGUGCAGCCGCAGCUUCAACCAGCGCUCCAACCUGAAGACCCACCUGCUGACGCACACCGACAUCAAGCCCUACUGCUGCACUGACUGCGGCAAGGUGUUCCGACGGGCGUGCGACCUGCGCCGCCACGGCCUGACGCAUACACUGGGCCUGGAGGAGGCCAGCGACGCGAGCGAGGAGGCGGCGGAGCCGGACGGACCGCGCCGCCGCCCGCUGCCGCUCCAGCAGCACAUGUCGCAGGACAAGGCGCAGCAGCUGGAGGCCGCCCGCGGCGCGCCCGCGCCCACCGUGACGGCGAAAGUCGCCAAGUUCAGCAUAGAGUCGCUCAUGUCGUAAUCCGGCGACAGGCGGCCGCGCUGUAGGCGGGCCCGGUGGUGUAACCGUAACGGCCGGUGCCUCGCGAUGGAGCGUUCCCCGACGUGCGCGAGGAGUCGGACUCGUCCUGCCCGCUGGAGCAGGCCAGCCUGUACAAUGAUGAACUCUGAUGUACAUAGCUCGACCGCGACGCGCCGGCUGCGUCAUAUGAUGAGAGCCCUUCGUGUUACAUGGGCUUGUACGUCUUCACUGGUGCGCGAGGACGACACUUGCCAUCGGCCAUGAUAUUUGAAUGUCAGCGGCAUCCAGCUCAACGUGUGGAACGGCUGACCGAGACGUACAUGAUGCCAUUGUCCUCGCGCGAAAAUGCUCAGUGUUUUGAAUGCACCGUCAGCAAAUGUGAUUGUUCUAUUUCCAUUGAAAUGUUCGUGAAGAUAGGCCUUGUUAAAGUCUUUUAUGUACGAAAAAUAUGGGCAUUGCCUCGUGUUGACACCUAAUUGAAAUGUAUUACGAAACAGCUCAUUGUUGUAGCUACAAUAGAUUGUAUUGCCAUGACUAGCGCACCUAAAUAAAGUUAAAAUUCGUAUCUUAGAGAUGCCAAAUCUAGACUUAACAAACCUACGGUAUUGCAGGUAACUUUACUCUAAAUUCAUUCGGAAUACUGUGACCAAGGGCACAGAUCACAAAUGUUUCUUUCAAUACUCUCUUUGAAACCAUUUGUGUAGCUGGCUUUUCUCUAAAAACUAGCUGCCAGGUGGAUGUUGGUUGCGUAAAACAAUUGCUGUCAUGGCUUAAACCGGUGCGAUGUUGUGCACUCAGUGCCUAUCACGCGAGUCCACGUCCAGUGCACGUAUUCGCAUAUGCAACAUGGUCUCUGAGCAUCUCUUCAAAUAAAAACAAUACCUCUCUUGGUA